UUUCCUAUGUAAUCCCUCUAGCCAAACUUAGUUCAUUUAAUAUCUAUCUAACAAAGUUUGGUUGUUGCCCCAAGUAUAUAUAUGUACUCGUGAGGCUCCGACCAGUGAAUGAAUGAAGCUGAGAAAUGGAAACUGAUCAGCCUGCAGAGAGGAUUUUUGUAGCCAUUGGAACAGACUUGAAUGAUGGUUUUGCCACUCUAGAAUGGGUACUAAAGAAGUGGAAUUCUCAUCCAAUCAAAAUAGUCAUUCUCUUUUCAGAUAAUUACAUCUGCAGAGACUAUGUUUUCACCCCAAUUGGAAAGAUUCCUGCCGGCUCUGUACGUGAAGAGAAGCUGAAAGUUCUUGAGAAGUCUGAGGAAGCAAAGUCUGAUAAGAUUCUAUCCAAAUAUAUAGCUUUCUGUGGCAAGGUCAAGGCUGAAGGUCUCAGAAUCGACAGAUACGAAGAACCAAUCCAUAAAGUUGUCCUGGGAUUGAUAACAAGUCUUCGCAUAACCAAAUUAGUCAUGGCCUUUUCUUUGUUGAGGCCCUUAUCAUGGAAAUCGAGAAGUGCCAUGAAUGCAUCAUUUUAUCUCCAGUCGAAAAAGCCCAAUUUCUGUGAGUUGUUUGUGAUUUUUAAUGGGAAAUUAGUAUACCUUAAAGAAGAAACUAAUGAAGGAUUCAUAGAGGAUGAUAAUUGUGAUCUUUGGUUCUAA